AUGAAACUGAAAUCAAGAUCGGUUCUAGUCAGUUUACUGGUACUUUUAAGUCUAAUAUGGGUUCUUCCAAGGCUGAGAAAUCAUCGUCGGCCUUCCCCAGAUGCCAACCCAUUCAAAUUUUCUUCGUCGUACCAGCAGCACACUGGAGUUUUCAAAGAGUACGGACUAUUGAGUCCGAACUUCUAUGAGUAUGGUGAUAAGGUCGAUAUCACUGUGAACAAAGUCGAAUCUGACUUAACUCAUUUCUCGUAUGGAUAUUACGACUUACAUUUCACUUGUCCACCGUCGCAGGACAUGAAACCUUUACCCUUGACUUUCAGUGACAUAUUAUACGGGAACAAGAAAUGGCAAUCGGACUAUCAGCUGACGUUCGGUAAAGACGAGGAUUGUGUGCGAUUAUGUGAUAGGAAAACUAACGGUGAGGGGAAGAAACAAGCCUAUGAAUUAAUUAAACAGAAUUACGUCGUCCAAUGGUUGGCCGAUGAUGAUUUACCAGGUGCUACCACGUAUCUUAACACCAAAGAUAAGAAAAAAUACUAUUCAUCGGGGUUCCCACUGGGUCAAUACGAUCCAGAAACUGAUGAGGCCUAUAUUAAUAACCAUGUCAUGAUUGUAAUUCGUUAUCAUACCAUCGAUCAGGGCAAAAAUACCAUUGUUGGGUUUGAGGUCUAUCCGAAAUCCGUUUCAGAUCAUCACUGUCCUGGCGCCUCCAAGGAUUAUACUCCCUAUAAGAUCGACCCAACUAAUGAGGAUAUUGAGUUUAUCUCCUUCACUUAUGCCGUGUAUUGGAGAGAAGAUUUCAAAGUGGAUUGGAAAAACAGAUGGAAUUUCUUCAUUAAUGGUGGAGAGUUAAAGGAAUCGACUUCAAAUCAAUUCCAUUGGAUUACUUUCGCUAAUGGUAUAAUUGUCACUUCAUGUUUGCUUUUGAUCGUCAUAGCCAUUUUGAAAAGACAGGAAACUGAUGGUUCGAUUACCACUCAACUAGCUGCGGAAUGGUCGAAGGCUAGAGUUCCUUUAUUCUUUCAGUUGAAUUUGCUCGUUUCUAUGGGUAUUCAUUUCCUUUUCACCACUCUUGGAACUUUGAUUAUUUCUUGUUCAUUGAAUCAUACCCAUCGUAUUGGCAGCUCUGUACUCACCUGCGCAGUAUUCCUAUUUAUCAGUGGUAGUUUUACAUCAUCUUUCAUCGGUGCUCUACUUGAGGGGCAAAUGUCUCAACAUAAAUUGGUCAAUUCAAUCAUAUUCGGAUCAACUCUACCGGGAAUUACUUUGGUUAUCGUUUUGUUAUUGAAUUACAUACUUAAGGCCAAUAAUGCUGCAAAUACUUUACCCCAUGGUACCGUUGCAUUACUAUUUGGUGCUUAUUUCAUUGUUUGCGUUCCAAUAUCAAUCAUUGGUGGGAAAUGUGCCGAUAGGUUUUUAAAAGUUAACUCCACAAAUACUUUGCUUAAUAGCUUUGCAUUGGCAGAAGUGAACAAACAUGACACUAGGCCUUUGUACGUUGAGAGUAAGAACUCUAUUCCGUUCGUCUUAAAAAAUCCUAUUGCGAUCACUCUCACCUUUGGACUUAUUCCAUUUGCUCUAAUAUACGUGGAGUUGUUAUUUGCUUACAAAUCACUUUGGCUACAAAAGACUACUCUGUAUUACUUAUACGGAUUCCUUUUGAGUAAUAUUGUUAUCGUUUGCAUAUGUAUCUGCCUUCUAUCCAUUAUUGGUUGUUACAUUCAUCUAAACUAUGGUAAUGAUUCUUUGAAUUUCAAAUGGGACAACGUUAUAGGAAGGGUUCUAGAAGCAUGUCAUUCAUGGAGAUGGAAGGCAUUUCAUAUGGGUGGUGCAGUUGCAUGGUAUAUGGAAGCGUACUCUAUUUUGUAUUUGAUUUUUGUUGCCAGAUACAGAGAUUUCAUCUCAUCUUUCCUAUUUGUCUGUUAUAGUACGUUAUUCAACAUUCUCUGCUGGACAGCAUUUGGAUCUUUAAGUUACCUAAGCUCAUUGUGGUUCAUCGGUAAGCUGAAUGAAUAUAACAAGGCUAAAUAA